GGAACUGAACUCAAUUCCACUGAAGCAGUUUUUAGAAACCAGAUAUAAACCUCCAGCAAAGGCACUCGUCACCUUGAGAGAGCUCAAGGAAUUUUAGUUUCAUUUCUAGCUGUUUUUUUUUACACUUUAACCAGCUUGUUUUUUUUUUUUAUAAAUAAUUUAAAAAAUAAAUAUAUUCUGGGCUUGGUGUCAUGUCAGUCACCGCGCUGUACAGUGAGACGCUGUACUGCAGGUGAAGUGAGUGGACUAUGCUCAGCUCGUACCACCUCAGCAGCUAAACAGAAACCUUACCUUAGCGACACUGCAAGAGAAAUUGAAAAUAAUAAUAAAUACGUAAACAAACACGACUUUUAUUCCAGUUCCAAGGGUCUACUGUGAGCGGUAUCAUCGCCUGGUCCCGAGUUCUCCGCGUGGACAGCUGACACGACCGUCCCUGAGGCUCCGGGAAAAUCCGGUAUCGGAAAACUCAGGCCUCAGGCUUUGCUUAUGGAGAUCCAAGUAGCACAUCUGCCCCCGUCCGAGUAUGAAGAAUGUCAGAAGCGCUUCCAGGCGGCUGUGGAUGUCAUCCAGAAUCUGCCCAAAAACGGUUCUUACAGACCUUCAUAUGAAGUGAUGCUGCGCUUCUAUAGCCUGUAUAAACAGGCAGUGUGUGGACCAUGCACAGUGUCUCGUCCCGGCUUCUGGGACCCUGUGGGUCGCUACAAGUGGGACGCAUGGAAUCGGCUCGGAGACAUGAGUAGUGAGAGUGCCAUGGCCGCGUAUGUUGAUGAGAUGAAGAAAGUUGCGCAAGAGGUUAUAGAUAAUAUGCCCAUUAAUGAGAAGACAGCCUCUUUUUACCAUUAUUUUGAGCCACUCUACAAUGUCAUUCAUGAUCUACCAAGACCACCAGAGGCACUACUGAGUCUGAGACAAGAUAUUAAUGCAAACGAAGCAUUUGAAAAUCCACAAAUGCUUGGUGCUACACAAGAAGAGAUAACGAGAGAGCAAGAGCAAAAGGUGGAUCUUGAGCCUGUCGGUAACAGUGUGCCUCAGAGUGAAAGUGCAGACAUGGCUCUGUCGGAUGGUCUGGUGCUGACUAGUGACUCUGAGAGUGAAAUUUUCUGUGACUCAGUGGAGCAACUGGACUACGUUAAGCCAGUUCCUGAACUAUACAGCGAGCAGAAUCGGCACGGGAACUACACACCUGCCCUCCAGGUGACCCAGCUAGGUGCUGGGCAGGGUGGAGAGGGGGCUGGGAAUGGACCACCACAGAGGAGGAGGGAACAAGGAAGAGAGGGAAUGAGGCAUGGUUGGAGGGAAGCUCCUGGCAGUGUCCCAUACAACAGCGGUAGACGAGCAGGGCAGCAAGCUUCAGGUGGAGGAGGAGGAUACAACCCUGACAGAGGAUCUGAAAGACUUCAGGACACACAGGUGCAGCAGCAGAUCAUACUGGCACUACAGAGGCUCAGAGAGGACAUGCAGAGCGUGAUGGAGCGGCUGGAGGUGGUCGAGGGCUUGGCUGCAGCUAAUGCUCAGAAUUCACAGUGGAGACAGAUGCAGUUAACAUCUCAGACUGAGGUGGAGAAAUGGUGGCCAUUUGAUGUCUCUGGCCGAACUCUGCUGCUGCUUUUGAUCUGGCCUUUCAUCGCUCAGGGAAUGAUCUUCUGGCUACGGCAGAGGAAGAAAUAACCUCAAAAUCUUACGUGUCUAUAAUAUGAAUGAAUCUUGUGCAAGGAGAGCAAACUUACAUAAAGAUCAAUAUAGUAUUUUCAGGUGAGGUUCAGUUGCCUGAAGAAAACAGCGGUGCUUUUAAAAUAGUUUAUUUCAAAAUGAACCAUCUAAUGAGUCGGCUCGACAGAUUCUUUUGAAAUAAACUCUGGGAAAUGUACACAGUCUGUAGGCAUUCUCUGUUUUCUAAUUCUUUCAGCACCUGUCUGUGAAUUUUAAAGUAAAUCCUUUACAUGGGCAAAGUUGUACAAAAGGGCUGCAGUGACGUCAUCAGGCAUGACGUCCCAACUAAUGUGGAUCUUAAUGUUGGUAUGGAAAGGUAUAUCAUGCUUGCUGACUGCAUAAACAGUUUUUGGUUCAUUUUUUUAAUACAUAUUGAUAAAACUUAGUUGGAUGUUAUACUGUACAGAGGUUCUAGAUUUCUAACCAUGUUAAACAGACUUUUUUCGUCUGAAAGUCAUUGUUUAAAGGGGCAAAAUGAACACCAGCAUAACCUGUGUAAGAGCUCCUGAUCAGGAAAGCCUUAAAUUACACCUAUGGCCUUCAUGUGGAUUUCAGAGUGGGAUCAAAUGUCAGAGCUGACUUAAUGCACACUACAAUAUAACAAUGAGAAGUGCUCAAGAAAUAUA